CGCGGGCGGAUGCGCAGGGCCUGGCGGCGCGGCGCGAUGGAGGCCGGCGGGCACGGGCAGGAGGCCGAGGCGGGCGGCCAUGGCGGCCACAAGAAGAAGCACAAGAAGCACAAGAAAAAGCACAAGAAACGGCACCACCACGAGGCCGGGCCGGCCCCUGGGCCCGAACCGCCUCGGCAGCCACGGCUGCGGCUCCGGAUUAAGCUGGGAGGGCAAAUCCUGGGCACCAAGAGUGUCCCCACGUUCACGGUGGUCCCCGAAGGGACGCACUCGCCGUCCCCGCUGCUGGCAGGGGACGAGGAGGAGCCCAGCGUGCCCAUCGAGCAGUACCGGGCAUGGCUGGAUGAGGACAGCAACCUGGCCCCCUCACCACUGCCCGAGCUGGACCCCGAGAGCUGCUUCCCGGCCCGUGAGGAGGGCGAGGACGAGGAGGAGGAAGAGGAGGAGGAAGAGGAGGAGGAGGAGCGGCGCUGGCUGGCGGCCCUCGAGGGGGAGCUGGAUGACAACGGGGACAUCAAGAGGGAGGUGGACGAGUCCCUCCUGACGGCCCGGCAGCGCGCGCUGCUGCACAAGCAGCAGAGCCAGCCCCUGCUGCAGCUGCCCAUGGGCGCCAAGGCCAAGGAGGUGACGGAGGAGAUGCGCGAGAAGCGCGAGGAGCGGGCGCGGCGCCGGCGGCUGCAGGCGGCCCGCAAGGCCGAGGAGAGCAAGAACCAGACCAUCGAGCGCCUGACGCGCACGCACAAGGCCAAGGUGCGGGCCCUGCGCGAGCGCCGCGCCCCCGCCCCGUGCCCCGUGGUUCAUUACCGCAGCGCCGCCGACGGCGUCACCGUGUCCUUCCCCGCCGUUCCGGUGCCGGCCGCCGCCGCGCCGCCCGCGCCGCCCGCCCAGCCCUGCGCCGUGCCCGGCUGCGGCAACGCCAAGCGCUACAGCUGCGCCCAAACCGGGCGGCCCCUCUGCAGCCUGGGCUGCUACCGGCGCAACCUGCAGCUGCUGCAGAGCGCGGGGUGAGAGAGCCGGGGGGUCACGGGAGCUCUGAGGGGGCUACGGACACUCACCGGGGGGCUACGGAUCCUCUGGGGGGGGUUACGGAUCCUCUGAGGGGGUACAAGAACUCUGAGGGGGCACAGGAGCUCUGAGAGGAGCCACAGCCCUUCUCUGGGGGGCUACAGACCCUCACCAGGGACUAUGGGAGCUCUGAGGGGGCUACGGAUCCUCUCAGGGGGUGGGAACUCUGAGGGGGUACGGGAGCUCUGAGAGGAGCCACGGGCCUUCCUCUGGGGGGCUGCGAGCCCUCUGAGGGGAGCUACAGAUCCUAUGGAGGGCUAUGGACCCUCUGCAAGGGCUACAGGACCUCUGAGGAGUGCUCUGGACCCUCCAUGGGGGGCUACAGAUCCUCCCUGGGGGGCUACGGACCCUCACCAGGAACUAUGGGACCUCUGAGUGGGCUAUGGAUCCACUUUGGGCCCUAUGGAGUUCCUGCAUUGUCCACAUGGACACGGAGAGCUGGAAGAGGAACCUGUGGGUCUGCGCUGUGGGGAGCUCCAGACCUUCCACGUGGAGCCACAACAAGGAGCUUCCAAGUGUCUGUCAUGGAUACAGAGGCCUCAGCCACGACACCCGGAGAGCUGCAGUUCCUCAUGGACACCUGGAGCUGCUCCAAAUGGAUGUGGAGCUCCAGAGGGCUCUGGGCUCUCCACCGUGGACAUGGAGGGUUGGGGACCUCAGGGACUGAGGGUGGUCCUGAGGUGGUGGAGCUGAUUAAAGGCUGUUGUGGAAGGAGCCGUGUGUGGGUCUGCUGGGAUGGGGAGGCAGCUCGACACCCCCUGAGAAUG